CCGUACUGAUGCGUGCUGCCCACCACUGGUAGAUGCGGCCCAUGAAGGAGCUCUGUCUAUAAAGUCGUGCCUCCUUGCAAUUGCGUUAGACAUUGUAUUGUAGCCGUCGAUCAGGUUUGACGAUGGGCAAGGGGGGGGACUUACAUCGCUCACAGGUCGUCUUCGGCAUUGAGAAGACGGCAUGGGCAGGCACGAAGGUUCCACUGUUUGUCUGUGGACGUUGGUUUCUUUGCAUAGUGAUCCUUCAGAUCUUGUUUUUGCAUGGGAAGUGGUCGGGACUAGUUUGGAAGGCGCAGAGGACAGCAGCGACGGUGUCAUCGGACGAGACUUCAGAAGGUAUACAGAGAAGAGACCGAAGGCUGACGGAAGAUGCAUUGAUACAAGCACUUGUGCCUCGUGCCACUAUCGAGGCCAAGGCGCGUGAAGGGCCCAACUCGACACCACGUCAUCGUGAAGCGGCUGACGUCAGAACGGCAAACAUAAGUAUAAACCUGUCCCGACCCAGCAAUGAGACAGCUGAAGGGAAAAUGUCGGAAGCUACGAGCGGUAAUACGAGUGAUUCAGAACUGGAAAGAAGCAAGCAUACUCGUCAAUCCGCCUCCUUGGACGUGGACUCCUUGGGCGGAGGUAAGGGCGUGGACUCCUUGGGCGGAGGUAAGGGCGUGGACUCCUUGGGCGGAGAUAAGGGCGUGGACUCCUUGGGCGGAGGUAAGGGCGUGGACUCCUUGGGUGGCGGCAAGGGCCCUUUCGCCUGCCGGAGCAGGAAGGAAGUGGUCCAGUUCUUGCGGUACGGAACCAACCUGACGUUGCAUGAGGAUUUUGAGGAGAUCUUGAGGAAGUAUGAGGUGUACCACAAAUCGUGUGUCGCAGGCGUGGAUCUGCUGAGUAGUUUCGGCCAGGCAGAGAAGGGCGAGGACCCCCCGAAUCCACCAUCCGGGGGUCAGAAUAGCAGCGUAGAUCUGAGUCAUUGCUCUUACCUGUUCUGGGUCUCUCCAUGGGAGGGACUCGGAAAUCGUUUCGCAUCCAUCGCGUCCAGCUUCCUGUAUGCCAUUUUGACGUGGAGGGUUCUUCUGGUUGAUCGGAGGUCUGGCCUGGGGGAUUUGAUAUGUGAACCAUUUGCAGGUCAUUCGUGGCUGGCACCCGAUGACCCGGGCCUGGCAUGGCGGAUUCUGCAAGCGCCCUGCCCCCGAGCUGUGGCGAAUGCAACUGUGAUUGCCGGGAAUUGGUCGACGGCGCUGGCAAACGGAUCGGAAGUGGGACAGCAGCCCGAGGGGCGUGGCAUUGCCGGUGCAUCUGCACCUCCCAAGAUGGCGAUGGCGUAUAUUUACCACGAGGAGAAAUACCACGAGGGUCAUAUGUCAUUCUUCUGUUCACGCGAGCAGAGAAGCCUGUCGGAUGUAAGGUGGUUGGGUGUGUACAGCAACCAGUACUUCACCCCUGGGUUGUUUGUGAUUCCACAGUUCAGGGCCAGAUUGGAACGCUGGUUUCCAGACCGAAUUGUGUACACACGAUUGGCUCGCCACUUGUUCCUGCCGAUAGAUAGGGUUUGGGAGCGGAUCACCUCCACUCAUAAACUCUAUCUCUCAAAGACGCAAAGGCUUGUGGGUGUCCAGCCGCGCACUCUCUUCGACUCCAUGGUCCCGGGCCAAGUUGCAGGGAUGCUCGACUGCCUGGUUAACGGGGGUGUGCUGCCGAAGCCCGGCGUUUCUGCAAAGUUCACGGAAAAGGGUGUCGUUGUGGAGUUUCCGGACGAGAAGGGGAAAGUAGGCGACGGCGAGACUGUGCUGUUCGAAGCCGGCGUACGGAGAAACUCUGACACGCAUACCCGGAGGGAAGGAGCGGCGCGGAACACCACCCAAGAUGGGGGCGAUGUGACGGUGUUUGUAGCUUCGCUUCGCGACGACUUCUACAAGGCGCUGAAAAAUGUGUACUCGUGGAGACCCACUGUGACCGGGCAGAAGGUUUUUGUGCACCAGGAGAACAUGGAAGCCGUGCAGAACUCUUUCAAUCGUGAGCACGAGGAAUCUGCGGUGGUAGAUAUCUGGCUUCUGAGCUUCAGUGAUGAACUGUACACCAACCCUUUCUCGACGUUCGGGUACAUGGCCCAUGCUCUGGCGGCCUUGCCGAUUCAGCAUGGCCUCGAAAACUACUGGAACGCCGGUAUGAAUGGCAAAUCGAAGGCGUGUUUUACUUGGCCGAAUAGAGAACCAUGCUAUCACAUUCCGCCGGCGAAUGACAACGGAUGGAAGUGUCUUGAUGAUGCGCAUGAAGCUAUAAAGGAGCGACUGUACAGUACGCAACCUGAUAGGCAGUUUGACAAGUGUCGAGACUAUGGGAAAGGCUUACAAUUGAGGACUCCUUGAUGCCAACAAGCCACAUGAGGUAAUGUCGUUGUGUCCGGCCUUUAUAACCGACUGACCCUUGUAGCAUGGCUUUUGCUUGUGCCCUUAGCAGCAAGGGUACCGCUAGAUCUUGUCCCUGCGGUCCUACACAUCGAGGCGCAGGGUAAAACCAGAACUCACUGGUUCCACCAUUUUAUACCGUCCUUUUCCGCAUUGCUUUCGAAUGUGCUCUUAGCAAGCAAGGGUGGCACCCACCGAAGGGACAACUACAACUUGUCCCACCCAUCAAGGCACACGAAACCCACCAGAACAACCCGAAGCACCACUCUGAGCUUCAAGGCCUGUACGACCGGGGGAAUCGCUGCGCAAACCCUGUG